GUUCAGAACAUCGGUGAAGGCUAAAGGGAGAGGACGACUUUCUCUCCAAAAAAAAAAAAAAAAUACACUAAACACAGUACACUUUCGGAGGACGCUAUGAACCGCAUCUUGGAAGAGGUCAUCCACCGGAACGCUCCGAUCGUGGACAGGAUCAUAGCCGAGCACACGGCCGGCUACGUGGUGGCCGACAACAUGGCCAACGCCGUGGCCGAGACGUCCUUCGACAACACCAGUGCCCAGGCGCUCGUGAAGCACCUGAACGGGACGCUGGUGCCGGCCUGCCAGAGCGUGGUCCGCGACCUGGACCCAACCAACCAGCUCACCUACAUGCGAGUGGCCACCCGGAAGUUCGAGUACCUGGUGGCCCCCGAGGAGUACUUCACCAUCACCGUUGUUCAGUAAUCGGAAAGGACCCGCAAUAGCCUUUCUGCCCUCUUGACGAUGUCGAUAUACAUUAUUCUGGAAAGAGACGUAUUAUGAGAUGGAAUUAUGCUGCAAAGAGAUGUAUUAUGAUGAUGAACGUAUUAUGGAUGAUUUUAAGCAGCGUAUUUAUGAAGUUUUUGUCGCGGAGCGACAGAGAUUGCCUAAAUCUUUUAGGAAGAAUUUCCUGAUAGGUUGCCGCUUCGUAAUAUUUUGGGAUGUUAUUUCCUAAAACCUAUAGGCAAUUGGAGACAAUGUCGUGGAGAAAUGAAUUUUAACUAUGGAAUCAAGAUUUCUUUAUUGAAGGGAAGUCGAUUACAAUCUAAGUCAUACAAACUUGAUACCAAUUAAUCAGAAUCACUUAAAACUACUGAAGAAGACUCUAAAUAUUGAUGUACAUAUGUUGGCAAUGACUACACUAAAGUAAUAUAUUUAAACCAGA